AUGCAGUGGCUUGAGGACGUAAACGACGAUACACCGGGGCGCACCGCUGUGAUGUUCCAGGUUUCUUCUUGGGGGUUGUGGUUGAAGGGAGAGUUAGGCCAGAGGGAGGAGUCAAGCGAAUCAGAGGAGGAGGAAGACAUCGAGGCCCUCAUCCCCAAGCGGAGCGCAGUGAAGCUAAGCAGGAGACUGCGGCAGUAUUAA